AUGGAUCGAAUACGACGUUCAUUUCGCGAAUCAUUUCGUCGUAGAAUGUCCAAGCAGCAUUUCUCUCGUAGGACUCCAUCUGGGCGACAGUUGUCACCGAAUAGAUCAGCAAAUAAUUCAGGUUCUAAUAAAGCAGAAUUAUGGCAACCGGAUGAAGCUGCUGUUCGGAAUGGUACCUGCAAUUUUAGCGUUAAGUAUCUUGGUGGUAUCGAGGUGUUUGAAUCGCGUGGUAUGCAAAUUUGUGAAGGAGCUCUGAAAUUGUUGAGGGGACAACGACGACGACCAAUUAAAGCAGUUUUGUAUGUUUCUGGUGAUGGUUUACGUGUUGUAGAUCAGGAAAGUAGUCGUGGCUUAAUAGUCGAUCAAACCAUUGAGAAGGUAUCAUUUUGUGCACCUGAUCGAAGUCAUGACAAAGGUUUUGCAUAUAUUUGUCGAGAUGGAACAUCAAGACGAUGGAUGUGUCAUGGUUUUCAUGCAAUAAAAGAAUCCGGCGAACGCUUAAGUCAUGCAGUUGGAUGUGCGUUUGCGAUUUGUUUGGAAAGGAAAAAGAAGCGUGAUGCAGAAGCUGCUGCAGUGGUGCAAGCAGCUGCAGGUUUACCACCUAUUGGUUGCGAGAAGCCAAAUGCCACUGGUUUUACUUUAGAUGAAAUUACCCAACAAAUACCAUCCAUUCCAAUUAGUUCACUUGAACGAAAUAAUUGUAAUGGUUCUUUUCGUCGAUUAUCAAUAACAGAACGAUUACGUGACCCGCAAACUGCAAUCAUACAACCACCUCCUGCAACGUCAACUCUGUCAACUGCAUUACAUAUUACAUCAAAACCACGGCCUAUCGGAAAUCCACUACUUCUUAUAAGACAGGGAUCACUACGUACUCCUGCUCCAUCUAUCACUAAUACUCCAUCAUUCCAUCGACAACUUUCACUCCGAUCUUGUCCAGAUCCUUUGAUUAAAAAACAACAACUAUCUGCGACAACUAUAGUAAAGGGUGAGCCAAUUUUUGAAGAUGAUGAAGAUAAAAGUUGGCUUAAUGAUGGUACAUUAAAUGAGGGAAGUACCUUCGAGAAUGCUCCAUAUUGUCCAGUGAAAUAUAAUGGAUUUAGGCAAUCGUUAUCGUAUACGGCUGCACCAUACACCAGUACCUGUGAAUUUAAUGGUACUCAGACAUAUAGUUUAGUAAAUUCUCCGCUGCAAGUUCAAACCAAUUAUUCAUCAUGUGUUAGUGGACCGGAAUCUUGGUUAAGUAGUUCCAUUUCAACAUGUCCAUCAACGGUAAAAUCAAAAGCUGAUGAAUGGUUGGAGCAAACAUUACGCUCAUCACUGUCACUAAAUUCACCAUGCAGAAAUGCUAGUGAUCUCAUUAAGACAAGCCAUGCGAUGAGUAAUGUUGGGCCACCACCAGAUCAUCCACCUCCACCGCUACCAAGUUCAUCAACCUUCCAGAGUAUAGGUUUGGAAACAGCAAUCCGUUUCAGUAGUGACUUUUCGCAAUACGAAUUACCUACGACAACCGAAGAUUUCUCAUCUUUGGACAAGAAUGCUACAACCAUACCAGCAGAUUCAUCCGAGAUUGAUAUUUUCGGUCAGCCAGUGUUCAGUGCAUUGCUGUCAAACUCUCAAACAACCCAGAAACAAGAUCAAACGAAUGAUAAAGAAUCCGAAAAACCAGACGAAACUGAUCCAUUUGAUGUUAGAUGGUCCCAUUUAGCUGUAAAUGUUGCGACGACAUAUCCGGUGCCGGUUCAUUCAACUAAUCCAUUUUAUUCGGAAUCAAGCGCCGUGAAAAUUUGA